AUGGGUGGUUUCAAGGUACCGCUGGUUGAGGAUGUGAAGGGGCCGUUGAGUCUGUACGAAGCUUCUUUUCAUGGUUUAAAAGGCGAAAGUUUGGUGGAUGAAGCAAACGCUUUCACUUGCGAGCAUUUGAAUCGUCUUAAUCUCAAGGGAGGAAUCAUCUCCUCUUGCAUAAAUAAAAAAGUAAGUCAUGCCUUGGAAUUGCCUAUCCAUUGGAGACCUAAUAGAUUGGAAGCUAGAUGGUUCAUGGACAUCUAUGAGGAAGAUCCGAACAUGAACUCGACUUUGCUUGAGAUGGCGAAGUUGGAUUACAAUGUACUGCAGUCAAUCUACCAGAAAGAAGUGAGCGAACUAGCAAGGCGGUGGCUUGAGCUAGGCAUCGACGAGAUGGGCUUUUCCAGAGAUAGAUUGGUGGGACAUUAUAUAUGGUCCGCCAUGAUGGUUCAUGAACCACAAUUCGGAUUUUUCAGGGUUCUGUCAACUAAGAUCAUUUCCAUGAUAACGCUCAUAGACGAUGUUUAUGACGUGUUUGACACUUUGGAAGAACUCGAACUCUUGAUGGACUUUGUUGAAAGAUGGGAUAUUACCGACAUCGACAAACUUCCCCUGACAAUAAGGACUUCUUUCCUAGCUCUGUACAACACGACCAACAACGUCGGUUUGGGGAUACUGAAAGCGCGAGGCUUCAACCCCAUACCCUACAUUUGGAGAAUGGACGAAAUGCUCAGAGGAGAUACUCCGAAGGCGGUUGAGUGCUACAUGAAUGAAAGUGGAGCUUCUCGAGAAGCUGCGGUGGAGCACGUCAAGGAUGUUGUUUGGGAAAAUUGGAAGACGAUGAACGAACAGGCGUUUGGCGAUCGUCCAUUCCCGGGGAUGGAAGCCUUUGUUGGGGCAUGUUUGAAUCUCCCCCGUGCCUCUCACAGCCUUUACAGGUACGAAGAUGGCCAUGGAGUUCCGGACCGCGAGACCAAGAACAUCAUCACGUCCUUUCUGAUACAACCCGCCCCAAUGAAUUGA